ACGUGCCUUAAAGUUGACAAAUUUUACACUUCAAAUUUAUUAAAUUUGUGAUCGAUUGACACUAGUUUGGUCCAAAUCGGAGAGCAUACGCUGGGAGACCUCGCUCUAAUCGUUCGAAAUCAAGUCAAAAGUUUCUGACCAAGAGGCUCAAUUAUCAAACCUUUCGUUCGAAGACUUGGGAUUUGUUCCUUUGUAUUUUUAUUAAUUUUCAAAUUGACUAUGAAACCUUCUUUUCAAGCUACACCUGGAUUGUGUUGAGUUAUCUCAAAAAAAGUAGGAACCACGUGACACUUAUCUGUCUAUUGGAUGGCCCAUUUGAAGAAAAGAUUGGCGGCAAAGUUCAAUUUUCAAGCUAAUUUUUACUCGUUGUUUCCUCAAACCAACGCGGGCGCGUGACCUUUGCCCCCAAUAUUUUUAUUCAAAUGGACCAUUCAACGGAAACAUAAGCGUCACGUGGUUCCUAAUUUUUGGCUUGAUUUUUUUAUGUAACUCGCUGCACGAUCCCGAUAUAGCUUUAAAAAAGGUUCUAUUUUGAGUAAAUGCAAAAAAACCUCGUGUCGCACUUUAUAAAGUUCUAAAUUUAAAAAUUUUACCAAAACGAAAAAUUUAAUUCGGAAUGAGUAUUUUGUCAAGUUUAAAAGUCGAAUACAUUUGAAUUUAUUUUUAUUAAAAUUGAUUUACAUAACGUAGAUCACAAUUUUAGCAUAAAUAGUUCUAACAGGAUAAUUUGAUUCAUUAAUCAAUUGAUUGUAAUUAUAAUUAUAAUUAAAAUUAAAUUUUAAAAAUAAGUAAAUUAUUUCAGUUAUUGUUUAACACUAUGUAUUUAUAAAGAAUGUGUGCAAUGGGUUACAUUUGGCUACUUUAAUUAAUUGAUUAAUUAAUUCUAAAUAUAAUUUAAUUUAAAAAAUAGGUAAAUCAAUAAUUUUACGCUUAUUGUUAAAUACUAUGUGCUUAUGGAGAAUAUGUAAAGUGCGUUAUUCUUAUUGCUACAUACGUCGACGACCUAUUAGACAGGCUUAAGCACGCGUCACAAUGUAAUGUGUCCCUCAUUUUAAUUUAUUGGAAUAAUUGGCCCUUUGUUUAAACGUCUUUUGUGGCCGUGCAUGCAUAAAGCAAGUCCUCGAUUUCCAGAAAAUAUGACAAAUUCAAUAUCUUAAAUUGAUGACAUGCUUGCUGCACAGUUGGAAAAAGAGAAACAAUGGAACGUAAAUAAAAUGUGAAUGGAAAUUUAUGCAAUUUUUAUGCAUUUUUUCUCCCGUUUCCUGCCGACUCGUAGGCAAAUAAUUAUUAAUUGUUGGGCUUAAAUAUAUUUUCAUAAUUUUUGCACGUACAUAUUUUUUGCAAAAUUUUUCAAACAUUUUUAAAUAUGGAGGUGAAAGUUUUAAUUGUAUUUUUUGUGGUGGGGUUAUGCAUCGAGGGGAAUUCGGGACAGCCAAUUGUGGAAAAAGGGGAGGAUGAGACGCCCCCAUCGUCAGUGACCAUUGCACCGGAAGUGACUACUUCGUCUUCAUCUUCAAAUGUGACGAAUGGGGAGACGGAAGAACCCGAUAAUCCCGUAACACCACCAAGUGAGGAUAUCGAUGAUGUAUCUCCAGCUUCUGAAGAAAGAGGCUCCAACGAAUCCAACGAGCAAGUCAAUGAUUAUGAUUACAAUGGGAAAAAAAUUGUCAAAAAAGGUGACGAAAAAGGCGAAAAAUCCGGAGAGCAAAGUGACGAAGGAGACGAAGAGAAAAGCGAAGAAGGAGACGACGUCACGCCACAAGAAGAAGAAACCACGGAAGGAAAUGACAGCGUCCCAGUCGAAGAAAGCACUGGCCAACCGGAAGUUGUGGUGACCACAACAACCACACCUCCACCACCGAAAAAGGUCAAAGUUCAGCCGAAAAAGGAGAAACCGUUUAUCGAGCCGAUCGCUCCUAUUGCCCCGAUUGCUCCUAUGAAACCGUUUUAACGUUAAUAUUAAAAGUUCACGUUAACCUUUGUAAUUUUGUGGACAACAAUUUUAAGUACAAAAAUCCUUUAAAAUGUUACAAUUCUCAAAAUUUUGAAACGAAUGUUCUGAUGGAAUAGUUUUAAUUUUAAAAUGAAAACAUAAAGUUGUAAUAAAUACACUUUAAACAAAUGAAAUUUCUUGGUUCACACUAACCUUUGUAAUUUUAUGCAAAUUGUAAGUAGGUACAAAAAUCAUGUAAAAUUACACAAGUUGUGUAAUGUAACAAAAUGUUGUGUAACACAACAUUUUGCCAAAACAUUUUAAACGAAUAUCCUGAUGGCAUCAUUUUAAUUUUAAAAUGAAGAAAUAAAGUUGUAGUAAAUACACUAAAAACAAAUUUACUACGGCUUUAUUUCUUUAAAAAACAAAUUUCUUUAAAACUUUAGUUCUUUACACUAUAAACAAAGAAAAUUUUCCGGUUCACGCUAACCUUUGUAAUUUUAUGUGCAACAAUUUUAGGUACAAAAAUCCUGUAAAAUUACAAAAUCUCUAAAAGUUGAAAAAUUUAAGAUAGAAUUUGGCAUAUCUCUUAACUUUUGUAACGCAAU